AUGUUAAAUGCACGCAGUGUCUUGGUGACAGGAUCCAACCGAGGCAUUGGCUUGGAGCUGGUCCGGCAGCUGGUGGGGCAAAGUAAAAAGCCAGAAUGGAUCUUUGCCACCUGCCGAGACCCAAAAGGACCACGGGCCCAGGACUUGAAGAACUUGGCUGACAAACAUCAGAGUGUCAAAAUCAUCCCAAUGGAUACUAAUGAUCCAUCCAGCGUAAAGGCUGCCGCCGCCCAGGUAACUGAAAAGCUGCAAGGAGCCGGACUGAAUCUCCUGAUCAACAAUGCUGGGAUUGUAAAGCCAGGCUGUCUGGAGUCUGAGACGGCAGAGGACAUGUCGGAGGUCUACAAAACCAAUGUGAUUGGGCCCAUGAUCGUGAGCCAGGCAUUCCUCCCCUUGCUGAGGAAGGCAUCUCAGGAAAGUCCCCAGAAAGGGAUGAGUUGUAGCAAAGCUGCCAUUGUCAACAUGUCUAGUGAAGCUGGCUCCAUCACCAACCUCCUCGUAUUUGAUCUUGGACAUGUCCUUGGUUACCGCUGCAGCAAGGCUGCUCUGAACAUGCUCACACGGUGCCAGUCCCUGGAAUAUGCAAAAGAUGAGAUACUGUGCAUUGCGCUGCACCCUGGAUGGGUACAAACAGACAUGGGAGAUUCCGCAGUAAGUCAUUCAUGGGACAAGCUCCACUGACAGUGGAUGACAGUGUGCAGGCGAUGUUGAAAACCCUCGGCCAUCUCUCUGAGAAAGACAGCGGCACUUUUCUGAACUGGGAGGGGGAAACGUUGCCUUGGUGACAGAUUGAACGGCCCUCUUUGGCUGCUGUGCAGGAGGGACAAUCCACGUACAGGGAUCCGAAUGCCUUCAUUUGCAAUAAAUUUUACCAUGACUUGC